GGUGUUCAAUGCCCUGGCAAUGCUGAACCACGCAUGCGCCACCAGCCUGGAGGAGAAGGCGUGCUUCUCUAUCCUCGGUACUGGCGAGCAGCCAGUUGACGAUCGACUUGAGGUGAAGCUUGUUGCUGCGAAUUUCGGCGGCGGUCGUUCGCAUCUCCUACCACGAGCUCUUCGCGGAACCUCGCGCGCGCUCGGAGCGCAUAGAGAAGCAUUGCGGUGGCCAGUGCCGCUGCUCGCUGUGCCGUCACGAGCGGAGCGGGGGCGCCGACGCCUGCCAGUUGGGCCGGGUGCUUGAGAGCGCUGCGUGCUGCCAGCACUGCGGCGGGGGCUCUGCCGCUCCCAGGCCUGGUGACCUCGUGGAGGUUUCGGAGCUGGCCGCCACGCAGUACAAUGGCUUGCACGGGCGAGUCGUCGAGUCGCGGGGCGAUGGCCGCGCACUGGUCGCCAUGGCCUUGCAGGGUGAGGAGAGGCGCUUGUGGCUGAAGCCAGCCAAUUUGAUGGUCGUGGCAUCGGCCACCCCGAGUCCGGAUCGAGGCUCGACCGAGAAAGGGCUCCAGCGUUGCAGCCGGUGCAAGGCGGUCUACUUCUGUUCCAAGUCGUGCCUCAGGGCGGGCUGGAAGGCACACAAGCGUUUCUGCGAGGCCCAGGGCUGCCGAUGGGUGGAGGAGCACGCAAUGCUCUGCACGCAGCGGGCUCGCCUGGACCAGCAGUCUGUGCGACAAGCAUCCAACGCCCGCGAGCUGCUGAGGACCUUCGAGCAGGCGGAGCUGUUCGUGGAGAAGUGGAGCCAGCCUGGUCGCGCUCGCCGCCCGGCGCUUGGGCACAGGUGCAUGCAAGACAUGGUUCAGUUCGCGGUGACAACAGGCACGCUGGCCUUGUUCAAGCAGCUCGAGGCCGGCGGGGAUCUGUUGGAGGCGUCAGUCUGGCGCCGCGUGGCGUCACUAGUGAGGCAGCACCUCGGCCUGACACGCCUGUUGGUGCCAAGGUUCCACAUCGUGCAUUGGAAUGCGCUCUACCAUGCCAGGGGGCUCCUGUCCCUGCGCGACUUGCAGGCGGACAGCGCGGGGGCAUCGGAUGCCGCCGUCGAGGCUCUGGCAGUGGACUUUGAGCGCCACCUGGACGUGGUGCGAGUCUACGACGCCGACUACGCCGACAGAUUUAAGGACGCCCGGAGCGGCGGCCGGGGCAUGCUCGCGGAGGGGUCGCGGCUGUUCCAGGCCAUGUCGCAGAGCCCCGCCGCGCUGCAGCAGUUCUACAGCAUCGACCCCUCGAUUGGGGGGAGAAGAUGCUGCUCAUGGAAAAGCUCCUGGACCCCUCCGCGCUCGCCAGCGGGGGCGGCCUCCGCGGGGCACCCCCGGAGCGGCGCGGCGGCCGCCGAUGGAGGGCCUCGAGCAGACACCGGAGCCCCAGGCUUGCCGAGCUUCCUGCCCUGGUCCUGGCGCCACGGCCCAGGCCGCGCCUCCGUCGAGCACGGAGCCGGAGCGCGCUCGCCCGAGCGGGGAGCUGGUGCUGCAGCCGUCGGCGGCCUCCGCUGCGCCGGCGACGGGUGACGCGCGGGAGUCUCCGGAGCGCGUCGAGCCAGUGGGCGCGGAGCACCACGCUUCGGCGGCGGCUUCAGCGGGGUCUGCGGGGCCAGCUGCCCCAUGUGCCGAUCCUGAGGUGGCGUGGUGCGCCGCCCGUGCGUCUGCAGACGAGGCGCUCGCGGCCGCUGGCGCGGAGCCCCUGGCGGCCUGGGUCGGUCAGGUGCCGGAGGCAGAGCUGGAGGGUGCACGACUGGCCGAGGCGGCUGCGGCGCAAGAGCCCGACAGCCCGUCUGAAGACGACUGCGUCGAGGUGCUGCCCGUGGCGGACUGGUUGUGCAGGGAGGUCUGUGCUGCUCUGGCAGACGUCCAGGCUGGUGCGGGCCGGAGCGGGUCCGCUUUGCUGGUGCUCGCGCCGCCAGCCGGAGGCGAGUUGCUGGGCGGCACCUCUGAUGUUGAGAGGUUGACCGCCGAUAUCAGUCUCGCAGCGCAGCGCGCGCUGCUCGAGGCGCCCGUGGACGAUGUGGCGGUCCGUCGCAUCGCCCCGGGCGCCGCCGAGCUGUCCAGGUUGGGCGGCGAGUUCUUCAGCAGCCUAGGGGCCCAGGCGUGGGCCGUGGCGGUGGGGACGCGAGAUGUUGACGACCGCUUCGAUGUCCUGCUGGACCUGGAGGUGUUCGACAGCUUGGCAGCGCGCGAUAGUUGCGCCUUUGGGGAGAUGGCCCUUGCCGCGCUUUGGCCCGGGGGGCUCCUGCUGAGUGCCUCGGAGGAGCAGGCGUCUUACGGCCCACUGCGGCGGACCAUGCACGCAUUGCGCCCUGCGGUGGAGCCGCGAGUGGCUGCGACGCCCGUGCCAGGCACGAGCUUUGCGCUGCACGUCUUCCGCAAGGCAUCUGUGGGCUGCGCAGACAGGCCAGACGCCGGGUCACACCCAGCACGCGCCAGUGCCGCCGCGAAGGCCCGCGCUGCCGCUGGCAGGUUCGACGGCAGGAGCCUCAUGGAGCCCGUCGCCUCUCGCGCCAUUCCGACGGCAGAGCGCUACCUGCAGGAUCUGCAGCAGGCGCGGGCCGCGGCGGCCGCGUCGGAGGCGGAGGCCGCACACAGCCGCGGCGUGAGGUACUCUGCCGCGGAGGAGAGUGAGCCGCCGGAGUGGAUCUCCGACGCGGUCGAGCUGGCACUGCUGGCGGGUCGGGGCCGUGGUGUGGUGGCGGCCAGGGCCGUGGAGGCCGGCGAGGUCCUGGGCGUCUCGCGCGCGCUGUGCCUGUUCCCCGUGGCCGACGCGGCACGCGCUGCGGCGGCCUGGCUCGCGGAGGCCACGCCUCGCCAGCGCCUGCAGCUGGGCGCCCUCCACGACGGCUCCGGCAGCCCAGGGGUGCCGCCCCGGGAGCUCUUCGGGCAGGCUCCGCAUCCCGAGGCGCCGGCGUGCGCGCCCGACGCAGGAGGGCUCGGCCUGGAGCGCAUGUGCCAGAUCUUCCGCUUCAACGCCGUUCGCGCAGACAGGCUCUGGGCCGCCGCCGAGCGCGACGCCGGCGGCCUGCUGCGGGGCUCCGCCUCUUCCCCAGAGGGCGGCGGCGAGGUGUCCGGCAUCUGGCCGCUGGUCUCGCUGGUGAACCACUCCUGCCUGCCGUCCGCCUGCUGCGUGCCCCUCACGCGGCGCACCGUGGCGCUGGUGGCCACGCGCCCGCUGCCCGCAGGCGCGGAAGUGACCCAGCGCUACCUGUCGCCGCUGGCGCCGCGCGGCGAGCGGCAGGCCGAGCUGAGGCGCGCGAAGGGCUUCGACUGCGGGUGCGCGCGCUGCGUGGCGGAGCUGGAGGCGCUGCCGGCAGAGCUGGCGCGGCGGCUCGCCGAGCUGCAGGCGAGGGCGGCGGAGAUAGAGUCCGAGGAGGGCCUGCUGGAGGCGCUGCGGCGCCUCGCGGCCGUGGCACGCGAGGAGCUCGAGGCCGCGGCCGACCGCUGGCUUCGGGCUGCCUCGCGGCGCGGCGUCGGGGCACCCGAGGCAGACUUCCGAGCCCUGGUCAAGGCGUCCUUCGAGCCAACAUUCUCGGCGUUGGCCAUGGCCAUGGAGCAGCGGCCCGGCCCCGUCGGCGGGGCUCCGGGCGGCGGCUGCGCGGAGGCCUGGCGGGAGGUGUGCGCCAUCCUCGAGCAGGCCGAGCCCUGCGGCCCCGACCACAUCGCCGCCGCCGCGGGCCUGGUCCGCGCCAGCGGCGGCCCCGACAGCGGGGAUAGUGACUGA